AUGCUUCAGUACAACAUCCCUACAUCCAGCCUCCCUCAGAGACUUCAGAACUUCAAAAAAUCAGCGACACUAGGAGGUUCCAUUCUCCUCGAAGAAGCUCUUUUAGAACCAUGCUUCAGUACAACAUCCCUACAUCCAGCCUCCCUCAGAGACUUCCGAUGGGACAAACAUUCCCCGUCCGAUCAGGGAUUAGAGAUCUUUACCGACGGGUCUAAAGACGACAAAAGAGUAGGCGCUGCUUUCGCAGUUUUCCACAAUAGUCAAGAAAUUUUUCAAGAUCACUUCAGAGUCAGCGAUCAUGCCACAGUUUUUCAAGUGGAAUCCCUAGCACUUAGGAAAGCUGCCCUCUGGGCAAGCAGUUCAGAUUUUAACAAGAUCUCUAUCUACACAGACAGUAUGAGCGUCCUACAGAGUAUGAAUAAGACAGGCACAAUUCCAGCGCAUAUUCAAUCCCUAAAAGAGCUUGUCUCUACUCUGAGUAAUACAAAGCAAGUCACCCUUCACUGGGUAAGAGGUCAUCAAGGGACAAGAGGGAACGAACGGGCAGACACUCUCGCAAAGGCCGCCACAUCUCGCCAAGACUUAGAUAUCUGCCUUCCGAUCUCCACGAGAGCAGCCAAGCAUCACAUCCAAGAGGCUUUCAUGUCACAAUGGCAAGAAAGAUGGGAACAAGGGGACACCGGAAGAUACACCUUCGCAAUCUUCCCAAACGUCAGGCUGUCAAGAGUUUACUCGAACCACUACACGGUUCAGACCCUUUCCAAUCAUGGAAGGUUCCCCCAAUAUUUAGAGAGGUUUCUAUAUUUACACGUCAAGUGCAGUUGUGGAUCACCCGCCAGCUCAGCAGAUGCCGUCCAUUACAUCACUUCAUGCCCACUCACCAAGUCACUUAGAUCUCCAGCCAACAUCGCCCUACUCCAUAGCAAAGGUCUCAGAAGUUACCUAACGGAUUUCUAA